GUGCGGGGCGCAAACUCGUAGCAGCGUUGUUUUUGUUAUUUGGUUGCACCAUGACCUCCUAUUACGUGGCACACAUUCAUCGCAGUGGUAAAGGGAGCGAAUCAAAGAAGAAGUUCUUGAUUCGAGUAUGACACGAAUUAACGGCCUACCUCCAAAGACUCUUCUUUCAUAAAACAAAGUAUAAUAUUUGAGUUUUAACAUACUGGUAAGAAAGCGGAUCGCUCUUAUAUCUAACUCUCCAGAUUCGACAACAAUGUAAUUUGUACGGUUGGUAACACUGUAAAAAUUGGCCUCCCAGGGCUAUAAUUUUCAUGUUGCAGUCUUAUAUAGUUCAAUAGUGAUCGUACGAUUUAGGUAGAGUUCGCUAGUGCAUCAGGGCAUUUUUGACGGUGUCGGUAUUUCAGAACAGUAGACAGAAAAAUACAUUAUAUGCACAGUCUGUACAUACCUUAAGCCUGUGACAUCGGAGCAUUUUUGACGGUGUCGGUAUUUCAGAACAGUAGACAGAAAAAUACAUUGUAUACACAAUCUGCACAUAUCUUAGGUUUGUGUUAAAGGUAAAACCGCAGAUGAGCGUUGCCGCGUAUACCGGACUCAUUUCGCUUUUUGCAUCGUUGGAUUGAGCGGAUAGGUAUGCACGAGCCGGGUUACGAUGGUGCCGGUAGCAGUGCUUUGUCGCCAACGCGAAAUCUGUGAUUCUUAUUUUUUACCCUAAUUUUUUACCGAAGACACACCGAAUAACAAGAAAACAUGUGACUAAAUUCAGUGCAAAAUCCAAGGAUUAAAAUAAUGUAAGUAUGGCAGAAGGUGGAACAGAACCAAAGUCCAAUGACAAUCAAGUAUCUAAACUUCAAUUAGAGGUAAACGAGUGUCUCGGUAAUUGGCUAGUGUAUUUACAGACACUCAAUGGCCUAUGCACAGCUGGUGCAAAGUUGGCCCAGUCUUUACAAACGCUCUUGUCAGCUCAUGACACAGUGGCACAAUGUCGAUUAAGUGGGCAAUGCCUUGCUGGAUGGGAAGAGCUUACAAAAGCAACAUAUGUAGCAAGCAAUACUGUAAAGAAUCACAUUAUUUCUGCUUUAAGAGAUCAUGAAACUCGUGAUAAUGAAGGAGACAAACAUGACAUACUUAGAGAUAAUCUAUUGACUUUCAUAAAUCUACAAUAUCAAUUCUGUGUUGCUUGUUGUGAAUGUCUAGGUGGAAUGGCAGAAUGCUCUUGCUCACAAAGUGGCACUGCUGAAUGUGAUAUUGCAUCUCUUCAACAGUGUUUUGAAAGAUUAUAUAGUUCACCACCACUAGUGUCUUCAUCAUCGACGCAACAGUCGGUGCAGAACUGUCAUAGGUCACCCUUACCAUAUCCUUUAUUUCCUCUGCAGGUUCAGAGGAGAUGGUCUGAAACAGCUGCCGCUGAAAUGUCUGGUGAAGCAUCAGAAAAUACAAUGAGAAGGUGGUCUAUGCCAUGGGACUGUCGGAACAUUACAGACUGGCCAAGGCAGGAUGCCAGGUCAAGAUUAAGGGUUCCUCAUCAAGACAGAAGUAGGUCCACUACACCAGACACAAUAUGGAAAACAUCAACCAUGGCUAGUCAGGAUGGCCUACAGGAGGCUAUUCAAUUGUUAUCUUGCAAACCAGGAGUUAGGCCUUUGAAUCAGCUAUCAGCGUAUACCAAUCAUCAUAUCCCGGGUGUUACUUUAACAACGUGUAAUUUCGAGUCAAACUACGACACGAUGAUUUGGCCAGGCUCACGUAAAGUUGGUUCAUUGAGGUGUUGGCCACACGAUUCCCAUUCGAGCGAGCACUCUGAUCAAUCGGGACGUCGCGAAAGUGAUCAAAGUGCACACAGCGGUGAACACAGGGAUUCAGUGUGUGUUACAGAACACAGUGUAGCCAGCGGUAGCCACGCGGACAGUAAAGAUAGCAUUCACUCGCAUAGUGAUCAUAGAGAGGGGGAACUCGGUACCGUAGAUAUGUUACCAUCUCGUAAAAGCAGCUCUUCAACAGAUUCUUGCAUAUCAGCCCAUAGUCGUUCAGGUUCUGAGAGUGCUGGUGGUGGGGUAAUGCAUGGAAUGCGCGAGGUCUCAGUUAUACUCGAUGUGGAGCGGCAGCGACUUGCCUUUUAUUAAAUUACCAGAAAGUAAUGAGACACAGGAUGAACAUCCGCCUGUAUAAAUAUUCGGUACUUCCAAGCAAUCGGUUCAUGUUUUCUUCCGAACAUUAUUGCCAUGUACCAACGUGAACGAUUAAAAUCGUUCGAUAUCAUUUUAUUUGUAAGCGUGACACGGUAACACGCGCUGAUAGUGCGUAUAUGGAUUAUUGUAUACGAUCGUUGAAGGAACGCGUAAAACGCGGUAUUUGAUGAUCAAUAUAACAAAGUAGAUUUGAACACUACUGUGUUUGUGUAUCGCGCAAUAGAUCGGUAUAUAAUCAUUCGAGGGAUGGUACGUACCACAAAGUGGAUGUAUUUAUAAAACUUUAUUGUAACGAUUUUUAAAAAAUUAUUUACAUUAGUCUAGCCACGAAUGAUUAUUUGAUAUCGAUUCGGUAUCCCCUCUCUAGUCUGUUAAUAAUUUCCAGGGGAAAAUUGCUCGUUAUUUUUGUAGUGGUCUUUCGAUAUUUUGGGAUCCACUAUUCAUAAAGCUUUAACAAUAUCUGCAGUUUUAAGUAUCUAUAUAUACUAAUAGUUUUAUUUACAUUGAACCGCAUGAAUUGGACAUUAUUUCGAGAAUAUACCUGUUCGAUCCUUCGUAUUGUCUCAAUGUUGUGCAUUGGCAUAAUCAAGUGCAGUAUUAAAACCAUAUCAUAACGGUACGCAUUGUCCAUAUUCCUUACACCGCAUGCCUCUACUCGUCCUUCUCAUAUUUCAGAUGUAUUCUUUGUUAUUCUUUCCGCGCGAAUGAAUUUCUCAAACGGUCAGCAUAAGGCGAUAGAAGAUCGAAGAUUAAAACACGGACAACAUAUUUAUUAUUUAAACGAUAAGAUCGGCAGGCAUAGUACGCGUCAGUGGCCAAGAACAAUUUCAUAAAUGUACAAAUUCUAUUCAUAUGGCACGGACAAGUAA